AUGCGCGGCCAAACGCGGCUCCUUGAAGCGGAUGGAUUUUCCCAUCGAUACCAGUGCGAAGAAGACUUGUGGAGUUUCCAGAAGCCAGUGCGAGAUAGAGAGAAGGGACGAGGUCAGGAACUAUUCAAAGAAACCAGCUCUCAUGACAACGAUGAAACAUUUGACUCUCUUGUCGAACGAUACACUCGGCUUCACGAAUUGUCACGACAUGUGAUUCAUAUCUCCGAGGCAAUGGAUGCGGCCUCCAACAACCUUUGCGCCAUUGUGCGAGAUCACGAUCUCUGGAUCCACUCAACUGCUCGUUCUUCUACAGCAACAAAGAGACUCUCAAAAGCCCUACUGCUUCGUGAAAACAUGAUUUCCAAUUUGAAUUUCCGGGCCAAGUCAUUUGCAAGUUGGAUGGACAAUGAGAUCAAAUGUGCCUCCAACUUUGUGGCCGUUGCCGAUAAUAACAUCUCUAAAGGCAUUCUCAAGCAAAUUCGCAACGAAGGCAAAGUAUUGUCCGACACCGUGUCUGCCCUCACAUUGCUCUUUUUACCAGACACUUUUAUCUCGGAUUUUUCGGUAUGA